AUGAGCUCUCCAACUUUGUCUCCCCGUUUCCCAGCUCAGAGCCCACCGUUUACUCCAGUUCGCGCCUCGUCGACGCGCAAAUCGUCGAGCAACACGCCUGUUGCGCCCAGGUCGUCUAGCGUAGCUGCGACGAUGCCGCUCACCCCAGAGGCAACGCCGGUGAACUCACGUGAUAAAAAUCGUUUCAAGGUUCUUUUAUCGCCGUCUGAGCAGUCUGCGCGUCCACAAGAGGCAGCAACUCGCUCGCGUGCCCCUCUCAAGACGAAGAGCCAAAACUUCGACGCUACCAAAGCGAGUGAUAGCAACUGGCGUACGCAACGCAAGCAAACUGCACCAGAGACGCCCGGGCGCGCCAGCAAGGGCAACGAACUGCUCCCUUCUCCUUUUCAUUCUACACAACGCCGUAACAAGAUCAAUCAAAACAAUUACAGCACUAAUUCUAUUCCCUCGACUACCCCAGUGAAAACACCACUUCGAGCAAAGAAGUUUGAGCCAUUGACGCCAGAAGACUCACCUCUGCACGCGUUGGCCACCAAGGUUCCGCGUCUCAACCUUACGACGCCUCCCAAACUAAUGGACUCAAUCGACGUUGGGCCUCCCUCACCCGUUUCUCCCCUCAAGUCCAUUUUCAGCCGACCUCGUGUCGAUACGCCGAAUAAUGCCGCUACUUGUGCAGCCUGCAACCGUCCUCUCAACAGCGCUGCACUUCUGUCCCCUUGCAGCCAUCUCGUUUGCAGCUCGUGCCUCACGGGUUGCCUCAAUGCCGCUGGAGAAAAGGGUAUGGCAUGCAUGGCGUGCAAGAUGCCAAUCUCUACCUUUCGGUUGACGAGCGUCGUUGUGUCUGCCUCGGGCUCGGUCCUGCCUGUUCCACAAACACUCGCGGCGUCUGUUGCUACCACUGCCAAAGAACUGUCGUCGCCUGCAUCACUUCUUGCAUUGAAUGCUCUUCCAGCUCCCCAAGUUCAGCCAGUCAACAGCCUUGGUGCUUCCAACUCGGAGGAGGCGUGCGUACUACGAAUUGAUAAUGUCCCUUGGGACGUGACCCCCGAAAUGCUUGCGGAUUGGAUUGGCGACAACACAACGGCGAUUCAUCAUCACGCGUUGAUCGACCGAAAGGAUGGUCGCACAUUGUCCUAUGCCUAUAUGGAGGUCACACCCGAUGCAAUGAAGGCCAUCCUCCGCGCUCGCCAGAACAGUAUUCUAGGUUUCGGCAAACGAGCUCGUGCUGUCACUAUAACCGUGAGCACGCAAGAGGCUCUUAUGCGUGAGAUGUUCCCAAGCUGGAAGGGUCAUUUCCUUGGCAGCCGCCCUUGUGUUGCUGGCCUUGACAAUGGACGGAUUUCGUCUGCCUUUCAUGAUGGUCUUAUUUCGACAAAGGAAAUUGACGACGUUGUUAAGCUUCUCCGCAAACCCGACUCUCAUUUCGUCAAAGUGCCAACCUUGCCAUAUUAUCAUCUGAUUAGUAUCCUCCGCAAGUUUCCGUCUGACAAGGACAGCAAGAUCCUUCAUACCCCAGCAAUCAAAAAGGCUCUGUUCAAAUGUGCCCAAGUUGCAGUGGAAGAGCUGCAUACACGUGUAAACGGACCAGCUUGCACUACUUCCCUACUGGAUGCCCUCGGAGUUGCAGUUCGUGACUGUGAUGUCUUCACUCAGGAGCAGCGUUUGGAAUUGCUCACGUCGUUGGAUCACGACUCGCAACGUCACUCCUUCAAAGAGCUUCUAGAGACUUCGCAAUCAACCGUUGCCGGUCCAUCCACCGGCACACCCCAAUCGACCACUAUUGCACCUAGUCAGAAUGUGGUAGACCUCCUGGCCAAUACUCAUAAUGUCUCGGUCGAAGUCGUCCAUGCUCUUGCCCAAGACCUUGUCAAGCGUUUGCUCAAGCCCAUCGAUGUCCAACCUGAAAACAAUCAACUUGCCAGUAACGACUUGGAACUUCCCCUGGCAACGUUUUCGACUCGACUCUGA